ACCUCUAUUCCCAUGGCAUUGGUGAGAGAGUGGCGAUCAGAGCAAGGGGGAGAGAGUGAGUCGAGUGACAGGCAGGAAGGAUCCCAGUUAGCCUAGUUAGGUCUCGAUAUUUGCCAUGCUGUGUGAGCUAUUGUUUUUACACCCCUCUAGAUAUGAGCUAGCCAGUAAUAAUCAUUCCACUGACGAGGCCUGCGACUCACUACAUCAGACGUUUAGGACUGAAACCGCGUAGGAAGAAAAGGAAAAGGGGUAGCUUCGGGCCGGGAGAGCCGAAGACCACAUCGCCGGCUUCCGGGGAUUCAGGGCAGCAUCGAGAAACGGCAGACGGCGGUCUUCGGAAGGGCGAGCAUCAAUAUAUAAUUUGGAUAAAUAACUACUACUGCAGUGGAACCCUAAACAUGUCAAGAAAGGUCCACAGAACCGAAGUAUGUGCCGACUGCAGUGCAGCAGAUCCAGGCUGGACCAGCAUCAACAGGGGCGUUCUGAUCUGUGACGAGUGCUGCUCUGUGCACCGCAGCCUGGGACGCCACAUCUCCAUCGUCAAGCACCUGCGGCACAGCGGCUGGCCCCCUGCACUGCUGCAGAUGGUGCAGACCCUGGCCAGUAAUGGGGCUAACUCGAUUUGGGAGCACUCCCUGCUUGACCCAGCGCAGGUGCAGAGCGGCCGCAGGAAACCCAACCCACAGGACAAAGUCCACCCCACCAAGUCCGAGUUCAUCCGCGCCAAGUACCAGAUGCUAUCCUUCGUCCACAAGCUGCCGUGCCGCGAUGACGACGGUGUUACCACCAAGGACCUCAGUAAGCAACUGCACUCCAGUGUGAGGACGGGGAGUCUGGAGACAUGUCUACGGCUGCUGUCCCUGGGAGCACAGGCCAACUUCUUCCACCCGGAGAAGGGCACCACUCCACUCCACGUGGCAGCCAAGGCAGGCCAGGUUCUGCAGGCAGAGCUGCUGGUCGUUUACGGAGCCGACCCCGGAGCUCUGGACAUCAAUGGACGCACACCCAUGGACUACGCCAGGCAAGCGGGCCAGGUGGAGCUGGCAGAGCGGCUGGUUGAGUGUCAGUACGAGCUCACAGACAGGCUGGCCUUCUACCUGUGUGGCCGACGCCCUGAUCACAAGAAUGGGCAUUAUAUCAUUCCUCAGAUGGCUGACAGAGCUCGCCCUAAGUGUCCGACACAGAGCCUGGACCUCUCAGAACUGGCCAAGGCAGCUAAGAAGAAGCUCCAAGCGCUGAACAAUCGAUUGUUUGAGGAGCUUGCCAUGGAUGUGUAUGACGAAGUGGACCGCAGGGAGAACGAUGCAGUGUGGCUGACGACUCAGAACCACAGUACUCUGGUGACGGAGCGCAGCGCGGUGCCCUUCCUGCCUGUCAACCCCGAAUACUCAGCCACACGCAACCAGGGUAGACAGAAGUUGGCCCGUUUUAACGCUCGUGAGUUCGCAACGCUGAUCAUCGACAUCCUGAGUGACGCCAAGAGGAGACAACAAGGGAAAGGCCUGAGCAGCCCUACUGACUCUAGUCUGGACCUGGGGGCCGACGACGACCAGCAUGACUACGACAGCGUAGCGUCGGACGAGGACACGGACAGCGAGCUGACCACUCAGAACAACAACAACGCGCAGCGCAACAACCGGGCCAAGAGCAUGGACUCGUCAGACCUGUCGGACGGGCCCAUCACUCUGCAGGAGUACCUGGAGGUUAAGAAGGCCCUGGCCUCCUCCGAGGCUAAAGUCCAGCAGCUGAUGAAGGUCAACAACAACCUGAGUGAAGAGCUGCGCCGGCUGCAGAAAGAGGUGAGGAAGGGGGGUCCUGGCGGUCCAACACCCUAUGGAGGGUCGCACCUCUCUGGCUCCAUGGAGAUGGGGAGAUACAUGGGUCCUAAAGGAGAGAAGCACGGCAGUGGCACUGAUAGUGACUAUGACAACACUCAGAUGUAUGAGCUGUCGCUAAGUAGGGGGCGCAGCAGUGAAGAGGAGGGCCGGGGGGAUUCGGAGGAGUGGGGUGGGGGUGAAGGGGGUGAGCCAGACCCGACCCUGCCCUGCACCGAAGACGUCAUCCUCAAGACGGAGCAGGUGACCAAAAACAUCCAGGAGCUUCUGAGGGCCGCACAAGAGUUCAAACACGACAGUUUUGUUCCAUGCUCUGAGAAGAUCCACUCUGCUGUCACUGAAAUGGCCUCUCUCUUUCCCAAGCGGCCUGCCCUAGACGCUGUGCACUGCUCCCUGCGCCUCCUGGCGUCCAGCGCCUCCCGCCUCCAGGUGGAGUGUCGCAAGGCGGAUCCCUCGGACCCCUCAGCGCCCGCCGUCGACUACCAGCUGCUCACCCAGCAGGUCAUCCAGUGCGCCUAUGACAUCGCCAAGGCCGCCAAGCAGCUGGUCACCAUCACCACCCGCGAGAAGAAACAGUGACGGAGGUAGAGAGGGGACGGACAGGGGAGUGGUGAGGGGAGCUGCAAGACUGACAGAGGGAGCAAGAGAGGGAUGGAGGAAGCCUCGAUUUCCAAGCUUCCUAGUCAAGUGACGAACGUGACUUGGAAGGUUGGCAUCACAAGGGAGAGCGAAAUACCAGCCAACGGGAGAAGCUAUAUUGGCUGCAGACUGAAAAGAAGAUCUCUGAGGAUGAAUAAAGAUGAAAUGAGAGGAAUUGAAGGUAGGGAAUGAAGAGCGUGGAAAGACCAGGUGGUAAUAUUAUAUGACAAUAGAACGAAGCUGAGAAAUGCCUCAGCUCUCGCUACUAUACCUGAGUGGACUGAGAGUGCAGUUCUGCGGGGCAGGGGACUCUGAAGAGGAGUGUGGACCAUUGAGACAGUAAUCGCAUGUGGGGGAUGGACAUGGCACAGAACAACAGCGGCUCAGCUCUCAUUAUCUCACUAUGAUCUCACUCCGUUGUUCCUUUUGGGGGGGAACACCCCUCUCUGUGUAGCGCCUCCAACCCUCAUGAGACCGAGGUAGGCUGGGCCAGGAGCUGGGGCCAGUCAUUGUGGCCUACAAGGGGGCCAGGCCUUGGAAGAGAGACACACACUGCUCUACCCCUCUGUCCCUCAGACACCACCUCCUCUGUAGUCCCAGGCUCUGCUAAGGAGGGCCCUUGCUACUCCCUCAGACACCCUGGUACACUACAGCAUGUCUUGGCAUCGUGGACAGACGACUAGGUGAUGUUGUAUUGUUUAUGUAUUUUUUUUUAUGCCAAUCCGUUGGCCUGUACCUCUGGGGACAAGAAUUACUGACUUUUAAAAAAACACUUACACUGGAAUAAUUGUUAUUAUUAUUAUUAUUAUUAUUAUGCCCAUUGUUUUGUAUUAUUAUUAUUAUUAUUGUCAUGAAUUACAUUAUCAUGUAUGUUUGCUUAUUUUGACGUUGUUUCAUGUAUGAUGGUUCCUGUUCAGAGGACCAGGGAGAGCUGUGAGAAUACUCACUUGCCUUCUGUCUGGCUGGGACUGGACACACACACACACAAACACUAACUUGUGAAAUGGUCCUCAAACACUCCUGGAGCAGUCCAAUUCCUCCCGGGUGACAUUUCAGUCACUUUAUUUCUUCUGCCUGUCAUGUUCUAAUAUGUCAGGAGCCAAGGUGUUGAACAGAUGCCAAAGGGGAAGGUGUAUAAUCUGCUAUCAGUGGGAAAAGCCUUGGAAGUGGCAUGAUAUAUAUUAUUGCAGCCAUUGGCUGCUUCAGUCGCUAGACAAAGCUCAUCUCAAUGGCACUACAGUGGGAUCCAUACAAAGUUCGCUCUUCAACAUACGCCAACUCGAAGCAGACUAGCUAGAUUGGGAACAAAUGUUUUGUGAAAACGACAAACUGCACUUGCUGUAGGUUUGUGGGGGCACUGGGGAAUGCUUCCCUGUUUUUUUAAUACUGUGCUAAACAAAGUAACGGUCACUUAGCUAAGUGACACAGGCUGACCAUGGCACUCCACAUAUUUAGUUUGAUUUCUUAGCUUCAAGGACUUCGGUGAUUGUCUGUCAGACGGAUCUGGGUCAUGUUAAUUAGGAACUAAACGGAUGAAAAUGAACUGAAACAGGGACUACUUGGACCCACACACACAUGGCUUGUGUGAUCCUGGACACCUGGAAGCUCUUCCAUGUUCACUUAUCCACACGGUCCCGUCGUUUCACUAUCCACCUGACUGUGUGAUCGAUAUUUGAUGAACCUGUAGGGGAUGAGGUCUUUGAUCUUUUCCCAGUCGAAUCAUGUCCAAAAGAUUGUCAUAUGCAACGUUCCAAACAUGAUUGCCUUUGCACAUGUCCUGCUAGACUGGCUUAAUACGUAGUGAUGUUGUAGCUGUUUGGGUUCCCUCCGUUGAUUUAUUUAUCGCCAGCUCUUACACACACACACUGGGCCAGUAUAAAAUACCUUCUUCCCCAUUACAAUGUCCUCCUUUUACCUCUCAGUCAACCUGUUUAUAGAAUAGAGGCUUAUAUAUAAACAUAUUUUCAUGCUAUUUUUUUUUAAGCUAUAUGUUCAUAUUGUGCUUGGGAGGUCAGAGGUAUUUACCCACGGUGGGUUCCAGGUCUGAGGGGUACGUGAAUAGGGUCUGAAGUCUGCCACUGGUUAGAACUAAACUCAUCUCAAGUCUGAGGGGAAAGGGCUGUUUCACAAUGCUACGCCUUUCUCCCAUCUUAAUGGACACCUUAGUAUAGGGUCCCUUUUUAGUGGGAAUGUUAGACACACACAUGCAUCCCGCAUGCCAUGCACAGCGAACACACACUCAUGUUGUUCGGACAGUGGCAUUGUGCCCCAUGCUGUUUUCUGUGUAUCAUACACCUCUUCACCUGGGAGAUCAGUGAUGGGAGAAUAUCUUUUAACACAGGCAAAAACUGUAAAGAGUAGAACAUAAAAAAAUAAAAUAAAAAAAAGGUCAAUCGUAAUGAAAUCUCAUAAUCUGUACAUUUCUAAUAAACUAAAAAACAAGUGAAUUGUC